UCCUGUGAGCGGAGGGGCAUGCCGACGACACUCCCCUCUGGAGCCCAGAGGCAGGCAUGUUUCCUGGUUCUUCUUUGUACAACUCCCCAGCCCAGCAGAGGGGAUGGGAAACUCUCCUCCGGCUCUCCUAAGGCAGGCUGCAGCCUAAGAAGAAAUGUCGGAGGCUAUCCGAUGCACUCUGGUGAACUGCAGCUGCCAACAAUUCAAACCGGGGAAAAUAAACCAGCGACAGUGUGACCAGUGUCGGCACGGAUGGGUGGCCCAUGCUUUAAGUAAGCUAAGAAUCCCAAACUUAUAUCCGACCAGCGAAGUGGAAAUAGUUCAGUCGAAUGUGGUUUUUGAUAUCAGCAGCCUUAUGCUGUAUGGAACCCAAGCAAUUCCAGUCCGCCUCAAAAUUCUUUUGGAUCGGCUCUUCAGUGUCUUGAAACAAGAGGAGGUCACACAUAUCCUCCAUGCGCUUGACUGGACAUUGCAGGACUACAUCCGUGGUUAUGUCUUGCAGGAUGCUUCCGGAAAGGUCCUGGAUCACUGGAGUAUCAUGACCAGCGAAGAGGAGCUGGCUACUUUGCAGCAGUUCCUGCGUUUUGGCGAAACCAAGUCCAUUGUGGAGCUCAUGGCGAUACAGGAGAAAGAGGGUCAGUCCGUUGUCAUCCCCACCAUGGCGACCAACAUGGAUAUCCGGGCAUUUAUUGAGAGCUGCAACCAAAGAAGUCCAAACCUUUCCACAGUCUUGGAGAAAAUGAACCCUGUAAAUAUCCAUCACUUUGAAAACCUGGUCAACAAUAUGGCUUUUAUGCUGCCUUUCCAGUUUUUCAGUCCUAUGCCUCCGCCUCUGAUAGGAUCCCCUCCCGAAAGACUUCUGAUGGAGCAAAUUCAGGAACACAGCAAAGAACUGAAACAGGGCAUCCACACGCCGUUUUCUGAACACACCUUCUUAACGUCCGACUCUUCAUUCCAGGCAGAUAAAGAAACAACCGCAGCCAGUCCCUGUACCCCUUUAAAGCCAGAAGAGGAUGAUUUACUCACGGAUGUGGCCUCUCCAAAUGCAUUCCCAAAGAUUGACAGAGGCCAGGUAUCUCCAGAGAGCAAAACAAAAUCCGUGGAUAAAAACGGCCCCGGGGCAAGGAAAGGGCGAGUUUUUUGCACCGCUUGCGAAAAGACGUUUUACGAUAAAGGAACCCUGAAGAUCCAUUACAACGCUGUCCAUCUGAAAAUCAAACACAAAUGCACCAUUGAAGGUUGCAACAUGGUGUUUAGCUCCCUACGGAGCCGGAAUCGGCAUAGCGCCAACCCCAACCCGAGACUCCACAUGCCCAUGAACCGAAACAACAGAGAUAAAGAUCUGAGGAAUGGCUUGACCCUCACCGGACUGGAAGAGAACAGACAGGCAGACUUUCCUCUGUUAGCCCCCGAGAACCGAUCUGUUCCCGGCCACGGGAGUGCUUGUUCUGAGCCCAAGGGACCAUCAAGUUUUCAUGGCACCGGCCAAAACGGCAUCCCCUUUCCAAACCUGAAAACGGUGCAGCCGGUUCUUCCCUUCUACCGCAGUCCGGUCACUCCAGCUGAGUUUGCGAAUACACCAGGCACCCUUCCCUCGCUCCCUCUGGUUUCCUCGUCGAUACCCGAACUCUUGGUUUCCAACGAACUGCCCUGUGAGGCAAUGCCCAAGAAAAAAUCCCGUAAGUCUAGCAUGCCCAUCAAGAUAGAGAAAGAAGCUGUGGAGGCAGCCAAAGCGACCGGGGAAACUGGCAGCCUGGAAGAGGCUCCAUCGCCACAGGCGGUAAGUGAAGGGCCUGAGGAGAGGGGCCAGACUAGGGUAGACGGCGCCAUGCCCCAGACUGAGGAGAAAGACCCCCGGCCAGGCACAUCGUGGACGUCCCUUCCUGGAGGGCCAAAACCCAUUAAAUCCAUCAAGCCAAAUGAUACGUGCCUCAAAGCGGAUGACUUUCGUUGCUCCGAGACAAAGGAUGAGCCAGACCAAAGCACAGUGCUUAAGACAAUUUCCGGUGAAAAUGCAGCCAAAGAGAAAGACCUGCACAGUGACAGGAUCCAAGCGGUAACAGAACCCCAUGGCGAUAGUCAGGGGCCAUUGAACAACAACAGGAUUCCUGUUAAUGGCCUCUCUGAAUUGGAGCACCGCUUCCUCAGUAAGGGUGGGUUCUGCGCCCUGUCCGGUAGGAGCGUGGCCAUCCCUGGUUUUGACGCUAUGAAAGAUAUGGAUCGAGUCAAUCGAGGUGCGCUAGGGCUUCUGAAGGAAGACAGUCGCUUCCACUGUGACAUCUGUAAGAAGACCUUUAAAAACCCGUACGGUGUAAAAAUGCAUUUCAAGAACGUCCACCUGAAAGAAAUGCAUUUUUGCACGGUGGAGGGUUGUAACGCCACUUUUCCCUCCCGUAGAAGUCGAGACAGACACAGCUCCAAUCUAAACCUUCACCACAAACUUUUCACCAAAGAUCCUUUGGAAGCAGAGACGCAUCAUUUCAACGCCACUUGCCUCUUGAAGGACUUGGCCAAAGAGGUUUGCCCAGAGGACUCUUCGAAAAGACACGUCGUCGGGCAACCGACGUCCGUCAUCUUUAAAGGGAUGAACAGGACCGGCAGCCUGGUGUUCCCAAUGAGCAAGAUGGGAGAGCCGUGCCCCGUGAGCUACCCGUACGACUUGGUGAAUGACGGUGCUGUUCUGGACCUCAGCAGCACCUCCAGCAUCAAGUCCGAGAGCAGCGCCCACUCCUCGUGGGAUUCCGAUGGAGGCAACGAGGACGAUCCCAUCGGUGUGGAGGGCAGCCCGGAAAGCUGUGGAAGUAGCUGCUUAAACCCCAGCGACGAACUCUAUCCAGACUGUUCCCUGAUGGAGAGCUUGCCCCCGGGGUUCCCCAACGCCGCUUCUGGCUUGCCCAUCACUUGCGACCUAUGCCAGAGGAGCUACAGCAACAAAGGGACGUUCAGGGCCCAUUACAAAACAGUACACCUCCGCCAGCUUCACAAAUGCAAAGUUCCCGGUUGUGACACCAUGUUUUCUUCGGUUCGUAGCCGAAACCGGCACAGUCAGAACCCCAAUUUACACAAGAGUUUGAUCAGGGCAGUAAACAGUUCCCAGUAAACCCUUCUCACUGUUCCCUUAGUGAGCGACUUUUUCCUAUAUACAGCAUUUCAACCUUUAAAAAAACAACAACAGCGUAUUGCUGGAAAAUGUGUUCUUUCCUUUACAUAAAGCCCCCAUAAAACACAGGGCCAAAUUCUCCUUCCAUUUAUACCAGUGAAGUUGUUUCACAGAGUCUUUUUUUUUAAAAUUCCCCGCAGGCAUUGUUUAAUUUUUGUUUUGAAAAAAUAAUAUAGUAGGUUCUUACGUGGGCAGAUGUAGAAAUUUGCUUUAAAGGAAGGCAAUCCUAACAGGAUAAGGACAACAUUACUUUAUAAGCUAAAGGUGCUCGCAACAGAUUGCCAUUGUGAGAUGCAAUCAAGAUAAUUGUCCUACUGUUUUGUUUACAAGUUAAUUUGUGUGUGCGUUUUGGGAGGUCUUCUGGUAACCUCUUCUGGGUGUGCCAAAGGGUGGAGUCAGAAGAUUUGAACCUUGUCUUUCCACUCUGGAGAUGAUGAUGCUGCCCAGGCCGAGCUACAUGUUACACAAAGCUCGUCUCUCUAACCUGCAUCCUAAUGUCUCAGUAUUUUACCUUCUUCACCUGUGCAAGGGGCAGCCGGGACACGGGAUGCUAGAGCAGUGGUCUCCGACCACUGGUCCCCACGCGAGCUCGGUGAAAACUCGACUCGGGGAUGAGCAUUUCAGCAGCAAGCCCACGUUUUCUGUAGCUUGUAGCUCUGCCUCUAUUUCAUCCUUACAGUAUUAAACACAAAGGUACUUCCCUAUAUAAUUUAUUACCUUGAAAUCCCUUGCAUGGCGCUGUUUUGUUUUGGGGUUUUUUUGUACUUCAGUUCCAUUUUUUUAAAAAAAUCAAUUCCCAUCAUCCUUUACCCCUAGGGUUGAUGGGAGGUGUAGGUGAUAAAGCAAAGUAUAGCUUUAGGGUAUAACAUUCAGUUUUGGAAUUCCUGGGGGCAUUAGACAUAUUUGAGUAUCGGUUAUCAUGGAGGAGGGUUGGGGGAAGGUUUGGUCUGUCUUCGUUUUUCCCCCACAUAAUAUUGGCCGUUGUUUUUACGACUUUUGAAAAAUGCAAAAC